GCAUGUCCGCCGGGGCGCGGGCCGCCCGCGGGCUCCUGCUGCUGCCACAGGCGGCGCUGGGCUUCGCGGAAGGCAGCUGCGACCCCUCGGACCAGUGCCCUCGUCCCCGCAGGUGCCCGCCUCAGGCCCGCUGGAGCAGCCUGUGGCACGUGGGGCUCAUCCUGCUCACUGUCCUCCUGCUGCUGCUGUGUGGGGUCACGGCCAGCUGUGUCCGGUUCUGCUGCCUCCGGAAGCGGGCACAUGCCCAGCCACGCCUGCCACCAGCACCUGAGCCUUGCGACCUGACAGCCAUCCCCAUGGACAGUGACAGCCCCGUGCACAGCACUGUGACGUCCUACAGCUCUGUGCAGUACCCGCUGGGCACGCGGCUGCCCCUGCCCUUUGGGGAGCUGGACCUCGACUCCAUGACUCCUCCCGCCUACAGCCUGUGUGCCCCUGAGCUGCCACCCUCCUAUGAUGAGGCCGUCAAGAUGGCUAAAACCAGACAGGAAGAGCCACCCCCUCCCAGUAGCCCAGCCCUCUCCCUGGGGCCUCAUGUCUAGACACCCCUCCAGGGCCCCAGAAGUGGGGCCCCGAUGCCCAACACCCCUGUCUGUAGCCCUGGUGCCCCUCAGAGGGGUCAGGAAAGCUCUCCCAAGCCUCCCGAUGCCACCAGCCACUCUGUGCUCCCAGGGAACUGUGCAGGGGCACCCCAGCCCACCCCCACCAUCCUUCCCCCCGCCUCGGGAAGGCCAGCCGUCCAGCACAUUGCUGCAGCCCUGGUCUCGUUGCUAUGUAACGCUGGGCAGCCAGGCGCAGGCCCUGUGUUGGCCACACACACACACACAGACACAGAC